UGUGAGUGACACUUGAUACGAGAGGCCCCAGCGCGAGGUGCUCGACGUGGUUGGAGAGGUAGAUUCACAAAAGUUGCGUUGGCACGGAGCUUUUCUGACAAUCUUGUUUCGAGACUGUUGCAAACCAUGAAUCCAGAAAAGCAGUCUUCUUCUGAAUGCAACGUGGCGAAGUCGAACAAGCCUGCCCUGCAGUACUACAAGGGCGUGCCGCUGCCUGGCUUCUUUCCGCGAGAGUGCAUCGAAUCGGCCUGCAAGUACAAACCCACCAAGGACGAUCUGUACAUCGUCACGUACGUCAAGUGCGGCACCACGUGGACCCAGCACGUGGUCUACCUGAUCCAGACGGGAGGCGUGCCGCCGUCGAACGCGGAGGAAUUCUACCGGGCCAGUCCGUACAUCGAGGCUUUCGGAGCCGAGUGCGUGCAGUGGAUGAAGAGACCCGGCGCGCUUAAGACCCACUUGCCGGUCCAGCUGCUGGAGUAUAGCCCUGAUGCCAAAUACCUCGUGGUCGCCCGCAACCCGCGUGACGUCAUCGUCUCUCUGCAAUACCACUGGCUCGCGUUUGUCGGGUACCAUUACAACGGGGCCUUUGACGAUGCCUUUGAGCACUUCAUGAACGACGAGAUUGACUGCGGCAACUUCUUCACUUUCUACAAGGACUGGUACGAGCGAAGCCGGGAUCCCAAUGUGCUUUUCGUCGUUUACGAGGAUCUCAAGCGCAACCCCGAAGAAACGAUUCUCAGAAUCGCUCGCUUUAUGGGCGCUGAGUACGAAGCUAAUCUCCUCAAGGACGACCGCAAAAGGCUCCGUGACGUCGUGAAAUACAGCAGCGUGGACGAAAUGAAAAAGUACACCAACGGUAUAAUCCAAGAUUUCUUUCGCGGCAGCUUCAAAUUCCAAGGUCCGGAGUACGAGGGAUUCCGGCAAUUUCAUCGGGGAAUUCAUUCUGCUGGCGUGGAGGCGGCGAACAAAGUCAACUAUGUCCGGAAGGGAAUUGUGGGAGACUGGAAGAACCACUUCUCUCAAGAACAGCUCAAACGUCUGAACGAGAAGUUCAAGAGAGAAACCGAAGGCAGCGACAUCGCCAACCUGUGGCCGGACAUGAACUUCCUCGACUGAGACAAACUGUAGCAGUCUAUUUUACGAGGCGCUGACUACAUAGUUUAGUGAGAACGUACGGUGUGACCGUAAAUUGUGGUUAGCUAACCCACAUUACUGCACUAUAGGGUCUAGAAUCAAGCACGUAUUCAUUCUGUGGUAGUUGUCCUAGAUUGUAUUCGGGCGUGUCAAAAGUGGUGAAACUGUCGAAAUUUUAUUCUGAACUUGUUUAAUUCUGGGGCACCUGACAUUACAGGAACUUGUGUUUGCAAUUCGACAAUACCCGUUAUUAAAGACUGACUGCUCAUGCAACUCUUGGUGAAAAACUUGUCAACACCUUACACGUGAUAUGUAUUUUGACCUGAUACUUUCAUGAAGAGCAUCGCGUACCACGUUAUUGUCCAAAACCCCUGUUGAAAAAAAACAAAUUAAGUAGAGUCAAGUCCAGUAAACAUCUACGUAAUGCGGAGGAGUCUUAAUUUCGUAGAGAACGGUUCUGGUGAAUCAUGCAACUGUUCUGCAGCGAACGUUUAAUGUUCUUAGGACAUCUUGUGAACUGAUGCGACGGAUUGUGUUGUUUGUUGUUAUUGUGAUACACCGUGAGCCAAGUUGCCAUCAGAGAGGUUCAUUGAUUACUGGCGCAUAACCAGUGGUGUAUAGUGGUGUAUACCCUGCGAAGCAUAUCCACUGGCACAUAGUGGCUCCCGUGACACAUACCCAACUUGGCGUCAAAAACGUUCAUUCAGAAGAGGCACAGAGCCAGUGCCUACCCGACAUUUUAGACGACGCUAUUUUUUGCGAUCGACCUACGAAAGUGGCUAGAUACGCAUUACAGCAAACUUGGUUGAGCACGUCAAGAAUGCUUCGCAUUAUUACAUUUCUUGCCGCCUCUUGGUUUCUGAAAGCCAGGCGCUUCGUUAUUUUAUUACGUAAGCUUUUCGACGAAACUUGCUUGUAGGAUGUGUUACAGCGCAUCCUAUAGGACGCGCCAGGGAUGCUAUAAAUACGAAGGACAGAAAGCGCAGUAUAGCAACGUGCCUCCCGGGGACGUCAACCAUUGUUUGUUGAACGGUCCCGAAUUUGAUCGCGAACGUAAAGUGGUAAUUGGUGUACUGAAGCGUAACAUAACCCAGCGUACAAUCGCAAGCGAUGGUUCGUUCCCACGAGGACAGUGGGUAUUUAUGAGAGAACUUUUUCGGCUCCUACUCAAAUUUAUCCGUGGUACCUAGUUGGAGUACGAAUGGUGAACCCUGCGUUUGAGAUAACAGGAGAAUGGGGAGUGAGAUGACGCGUAGUCUGUUUCGCCCCGGUUUGAAUCCAGAUGCAACGGGCUUCGGACCCAACCGCAGUUCAUAAGCUACGCUAGCGCGGAGUUAUUUCCGGCAGUUUUUGCAAGGCCAAGUCCCGCUGCAGCAAGUAAAACUCUCCCUAUUAUCACUUUUCAGGGUUCUGAACGCCUCUAACUUUGAGGCUAUCUUACGACACCACAGGGACGGUGCUACAGCUGAUUGCAGCUAAUCAACGAUGGAGCCAGAUGUUGUGCGGUAAGAUAAUAACAGUGCUAAAAUGACAUCCACAGCAACGUCAAUUAUAUUGCACACAUGUGUGCGAAGUGCCCGUGACACAGAUACGCAAAUGAAUAUGACCAAACUGAUUAAAAAAAAUAAGCGAUGUAAAGCAAGGCUCUUCUAUAGUGAAUUUUACAGUGGCUAAGAAAUUUGUGCCUCUGUGAAAGUGCAUUUGUGUUCCUGAUUUAUUUUUCGGGAAUGGAAAUGUGUUCAAGAAUUGACACUCGUUUUCACCCACUUUGGAAGGAAGGAAACAUUCAGAAAACAGACACGAAAGCGUUAAAAGGUAGCAACGACUCUGCUGGAACUCCUCUGGAAACAAAGAGAAAAGAAAUUUAAAUAACGGGGGAUAGGCCAUCCAAAGGUUAAUUCCUCUAGCCUGCUACACUACGCCGGGGAAAGGGGAGGGGAAAGAAAUAGGAAUAAAAGUUUGCAUUCCAAAAAAUGAGGACGUUUUGCAGGUUUAUCUUGUCAUCAAAUCUCUGCGUCUUUUGUUUUCUCAUAUUAUAAUUAACUUGAAGUUAGAUGAAAUUAUAUGCGCUUCACAGCGGUUGUUGCUAUAGGCCAAACUAAAUUUAUGUCUGUAUCAGAGCAAUAAACGAAAUACCUUUAGAUCUA